AUGCUGAAAAACAUUAAGAGCGGCAUCAGCCACCUCAACCCCAAAGGCAUCCACCUGCCGCCCCGCAAAGGUAGCAAAGACGACGGUGACGCGGAGGCGAAUACGCAUGGCGGAGAUGACAGCUCCCAAGGCGCGCCUGCGCCGCCAAAGGUGGCGGUGGGCCCUAAGUCGGUGCCUCCGCCCCGGGGGCCGCCCGGCAAGAUGCCCCCCGGCGUGAUCAUGAAAGGUCCGCCUCCACCGGGAAUGAAGGUGAUUAAGGGACCGCCGCCUGGUGAGGUGAUGCGGGUCAUGUCGAGCGGCACAGGGGCUGUCAGUCCUCCGCGCCCCGGGCCGGGGAUGCCUGUGGGCCCGGGCGGCAACGGGACGACCCCGCCAGGCAUGAAGGUGAUGACGCACCCGCCCCCCGGUGCAAAGCUGAUCAGCGGGUCCCCCCCGCGCGGUGCGAAGGUGGUGCUAGGCGCGCCGCCGCCGGGAUCGAAAAUCAUACAAGGCUCCCCUCCGCCGGGUGCAAAGGUCGUGUAUGGAGCGCCGCCGCCAGGGGCGAAAAUGAUCCCCGGGCCGCCUCCGCCAGGCGCGGUGCGUCCAAACUCCCCUUCCGUUCUGGGACCGAAGAUGGCCCCGCCCCGCAACAAUGCGUCGCCCCCGCCGGGUAUGAUGUCCAAGACCCCCACGACGAUGUCCCCACCGUCUGGGGUAAAGGUGAUCCACGGUCCUCCGCCGCCGGGCUCACGGCCGAUAUCGCCAGAGAACGCGCGCCUGCUCUCGGGCAACUCCUCGCUGAUCCCGUCGCGCGCCAUCUCGCCAACGAACCCGCCCGUCUUCCGCAUUCUUCCGAACGGCGUAAAGGUGAUGGUGCGAGCCCCACCGGCAGGCUCGCCGGUGAAGGUGUUCACCAAAUCACCCCCGGGCCGCAUGCUGAGCCCUACCCCACCUUCAAUGACACCGCCUAAGAAGAUGCUGAUCAAGUCGAUGGUGCCGAACCGGUCGCCGCCGCCGAUGAUUCAGGCGCCGAGCUCAGGCGCACCGUCGCCGAGCAACUCACAGGUCAUGCCGCAGAACAAUAGCUUCUCCGUCGGCCCCCCUCCGCCGUCUUCGCAAGCGACAGAAAAUCUGCCUCGGCCCACCCCUGUCCGUCCAGCGCCGACCACGGUGAAGGCCACCCCGCCCGAAGCCACGCCGUCCAACCCGGACACGAACUCCUCCCUCCACGUGCCGCACCCCAAUGUCGUCUCUGGCCGCAACGGGUCGCAGCAGGAGUUGCUCUUCGUGGAGGAGGAGGGCGGCACGAACGCGUCCGAUGGCGAUGACAUCCACUUCGAUGAGGGAUCGCUCUUGUCGCCGCCUCAAGCGCCGCGUGAGGCCCCGCGUCACCCGUCAGCGCGGAAGGGGCGCUCGGAGGGCUCCUCCGCAUCCUCCUCGUCCGCCUCGUCGUUUUCAGUCAAACAAGACACCGACGAGGCCACCGCCCUUCCACCGGCGCGGAAGGGCAGAGAGGCCCCAGCAUCGUCCGCCGCAUCGCUUCAGAGCUCGCACCGGUCAAAGCCCGUCAGUGAGUCAAAAGAGGAGGCGCAGGAGAAAAAGAACAAGCGAGGUCAUCACAGCAGCAGCGGCCACAACGGUGCCGCCACCUCCGCCGCAGACGUUGAAAGCAGGAAAGAGAGACGCAAGCACCACCACCGCCACCACCGGUCGCGCUCGAGUGAGACGUCCUCGCAGCAGUCGUACCGUGUGAGCGCGGCCGCGGAAAGCGACGCCGCAUCCGGCGUCACGGCCGACGACGCUGCUCGUCGCAUGUCACCUCGGCAGCUGACAGCGCAGGGGAGACGCGGCGAGGACGAUGUGGACGGUGCUGAAGGACGCUACGGUGCCCAGCUACAUGAGACUGCUUUUUCACCGCAAGCCCUGACGUCGACAUCGCGCAACCGCAUCGCCGAGGACUUCCUCUCGAUGUUGUGUCCGCAGCAGUACUACGGUAAGGUAAAGAAGAUCAACCGCAUUCGCCCCUUCAAAGCGAAUCGGGCCGCCGUCACCGGGCUGCGCAACUACAACUCCAUCUACGUCGCCACCAAAGGCACCAUGCCGAACCCGUUCUUCUACCCUCAGUUGCGUCUGCGUGACUCGGAUGGCGAGCAGCCGACGGGGCUGACGGCCGAUGAGACGGUGGAGGGCGCCGUGGACACUCCUAUUAUUCUAUACGAGGCCGCGCCCGGCAACAUGCUGUUUGCGGAAACAGAGCUGGACGCCCGACGCCUGCUGGAGAGCAGCACGGAUGCCAACAGCUGCUUCAUGCUGAGCAACUCUGCCAUUCUCUUCAAGGACCCGGAGCACUACGUCUUGCCGAUCGCUUCGCUGAACGUGCACUGGGUGCCUUACUCGUCCCCGCAGUCGGAGCCGCAGUGUCCGAUUCACAAGCGCGAGUUGCAGCUCUUUGACCCUUAUUCGAAAGAACUCGUCUGCGCGCUCUGUGCGUCGCGGAACGGAAUUCCCAUGUCAAACUUCGUCGUCAUUCCUGACGUCUUGGGCAACACGGACUCGCGGCAGACAAUUCACACGAAGGUGUCGGCGCAGCUCGACGAGGCGCAGCAGUCGGCGCGGCGAUGGGUGGAGCAGCACCAACGCGUGCGGGAGCUGUGCGAGAACAAAAAGGCCGCCAUCCGCAACCAGUUCGACCUGCUGAUUGAGGCGCUGGAGGCUAAGAAGAAGGAGUACACGGAGGCCUGCGACGCGGAGUUUGCCUACACGCAGACAGACGUCGCACGAGAGAUACUCAUAACAGAUGAGAAGGUGCAGCUGCUAAAAGCUGCCUCGGACCACCUGCGCGCGGACCCUUCUCGUCCACUCUUCUCGAUGCAGAUCGCGACGAUCGCGGAGGGCUUGAGCGCCGCCACAGACCUCCCCUCCCGUUUCACCCGCAACUCGCUGCAGUUGCCUCCCAUGAGCGCGGGCCUCGUGCCAAACUUGGAGGGGAUCAUGGCGGAGGUCUUGGAGCUGUCUGCGAGUGCUGGCGUGGGCGGAGGUGGCAGUCGCAGCCGUCCACGGAGCACGUCUCAUGUAAACUCACCCUACCAUAGUCACCAGACGUCUGCGAUGUAUCGCAACCCUCGCCCGGUGGACGACACCGUCAUCGCCGCCGGCGGCGGACCACGUCGUCGGUCCGCGUACUCCGCCUCUCAAGGUUCGUCCGGUGGCUUUGCGCAGCGACAAUCACGCUCGGCCAGCGCGAACCAGCAACCGCGCAUGACGCCGCUGCGCAACUCCGCCGUCGUUGUCCCCUUCGACACCGCCUUGCCGCCGUCCCCGUCCGGCGCGGCAGCCCUGCGUGACGAGUCGAGCCGGCUGUCGAGCUCGUCGCUCACGCAGCGGCGCAGCGCCAACGGAGUCGGGCCGCCGUCCCGGUACGUGACGGAUGCCGUGUCCGUGCCGAACAGCACCGGCACCUCUCUCUUUGACUUCCCCCUGCAUGAACUACUCAGCACCUUCGACGCUUCCAAUUUGAAAAAGCGCUCACCGCGCUACAUCCAGUGGGCGAUCCGCGUGGAGGACCCGGGCGAUUGGGUGGGUCUUGGCGUAGGGGUGGGCAACACGAUUGACGCAUGGGAACAGGGCAGCACGAACGACCUGUCACACCUGUGGAUCGUGCCGGCCUCGAUGACGGGGAGUGUGUUGUGCCUGCGCGUGACGGUGCAGCCUAGCAGCGGGCAUGCAAGGCUGACGGUGCACGACGCACGCGGCAAGCAACUAGACGAUGGCGAGGUGCCUCAGUGGAACGCGGCGCGGCCGUCGUAUCCGCAGGCAACGUUCGGUGGACAUGUCGGAAUAGUGCGCAUGAUUGAGGUGCCACACGCGGUGAGAUAA